CAACACGGAUACGCAUGGAGCCUCCAUCACCUCCAGUCUCUUUUACGCACCGAGUCCGAUAAUGCGCGCAGGUACAGGGACCCUAAUCGCCACAUUUCCAGCCGCCACACUGAGCAAUUAAUCUCCUCUUAUGGACUAAUAUGAAAGAAGUGGAUGCAGAGGUCUGACACAGCCAAGAAAGGAGGCAUAUUUCUUGUGGAUCGUUCUUGUUUUUCCAUCACCGAGCGUCAGCAUGGAUGUCUUGGCGAACCACAGUAUCUUUCAGGAACUUCAACUCGUUCACGACACCGGCUACUUCUCUGCCAUGCCCUCGCUGGAGGAGAACUGGCAGCAGACCUGCCUAGAAUUGGAGCGUUAUCUGCAGACGGAGCCCAAGCGUCUGUCAGAGCUCUUCGACCAAGACCUGGAUGGCCUCUUAACUCCUGCCUAUCUGAAGGAGGACGGUGAGGAAGAGCUGACAGACUCCCUGCUACCCAGCCUGCCCAGCCUCCCUGAGCCCCCUAGCCCACCUCCAUUGAUCCUCUGCCCGACACGGAAGAAUUUUCCCUCCCCUGGUGCAAUGAAAAGAGACCUCAAACCCAAGGGCCAGGGCCUGGAAAAUGUAGAAGGGAUGGAAGGGGUCCACCAAGCCCAGCUGAGCGCUGUCACCUCGCUGACGCCCCCGUCGUCACCAGAACUGGGCCGCCACCUCGUUAAACCCAACCAGACACUGACGGCCUCGGCUGAUGGGACGCUUACCUUGAAGCUGGUGGCCAGGAAGGUGGGGCUUAGCGCAGCCCGUUUGGUGGCGGCGCACGCAAUCCCCGUCCGGAUUAAGGAUGAAGACGAGGGCGCUGCAUGUGUGAUCGGGGUUGGGGAGCUACCGGAGAACAAGAAGAGGAUCCACCGUUGUCAAUUCAACGGCUGCAGGAAGGUGUACACCAAGAGCUCCCACCUAAAGGCCCAUCAGAGGACACAUACAGGUGAGAAGCCUUACAAGUGCUCGUGGGAGGGCUGCGAGUGGCGAUUCGCCCGGAGCGACGAGCUGACGAGGCACUACCGCAAACACACCGGCGCCAAGCCUUUUAAGUGCAACCACUGUGACAGGUGUUUCUCACGGUCGGAUCACUUGGCGCUACACAUGAAGAGGCACAUCUGAGGAAUUUGAGAGAGGUCAGCGGGAGUGGAAGAGAGGGGAAGGGGAUGGAGGCGGAGUGGAGGAAGGAGAGGGAGCAUCAUCUGCAGAAAAAUAACACCAUGGAUGUUAGAGAGAGACAGAGGGAUGGACUCAAAAAACACCAGAUUUGGCCAUUCUGGACUGGAGGGAGAGGCACCACACAGGGACGCUGACUACAGACUGAAACACAGGAAGGCAGACAGACUCUGUCAGUCUGUGCUCAACCAGUUGGUCCAUGAUUCCACAGUGAUUUGUCGUCACCUCACAAAUGUCUCCUGGUGUUGUCGCAUGGACGAUACAGACGCUCCAUCCCACCCUUCGUAUGUGUCUCAGAGGGGAUGUCACACGAUGAAUGGUGGACCACGUGCCUGUAGUUGGCAGCUCUUUCUUGUAGUCGCUCUUGCAGUCUUUGCAAACGUCCCUUGGCAAAACGCUUCCAAAAUGUCAGCCCUGUUCAUGCAGCAGUGCUCCAUGUACCAGCGAGCUCACCAACGCCAAACUGGACCAGUUGUAUAGUAAUUUUCACUCACAGCACAACUGCUGUUUGUAUAUCCACGAUUUCCUCUUCUUAGAACGUACUGUAUCUUGAGCUGAGGAGAACAUUUCCAACAGUAGCUAAACAGCAUCAUCUCACAGGGUAAGCAAGCAAGAAAGCUGGCUUUCUCUCCCUCAAACUUGCCACAGCCUUUACAAAUUCGCCAAAGGGUUUGUUAUCUUAUAUAUGGGACAGAUAAUAAUUUGACAAUUUUUCAUCUGACCUCUGUCACAUCUGCUUACUGGAUCCAUUCAUAAAUCCUUCUGGUUCGAUGGCAUCGGAGCACUUGUUUGAACGGAGCGUUAGAUUGGAUUUCCCAUAGAAUUGAAGAUGGGAGUGUGUUGCACUGAUGUGCUGUGCAGACUGAUUGAGGUCAUCCAGAGGACUGGCUUGCUUUAUGAACAUCAUCUAUUGAGGGUUACCGCUGGAUGAGGCUAACAAAUCUACUCUGGGAAAGACUCUCCUAGACAUCUCCUAGAAUGUCAGCUGAAACCGAGCAUCUCAAGAGAUGUAAGAUGGCUCCUAAGAGUGUUUUUCCUCCCCAGGAUUUUGGCUCUUAAGAGUUGUCGUCAGGAACUGUUGCACAAUUGACUCUUUGCAAACUUUUUGUAAAAAUGCCCCAUCGUCUUGAGCUGGGAGACAAUUUGGGACUCACCAAAUGGCUUUCACAUGCCGCCAAAGUGUGAACAGCCACAUGCACAAGUCGAAGCAGCUAGCUGACUGCGAUAGCACACCGAACGCAAGAUCACUAUGUAUGAUAAAGGCUAUAUUGUUUCUAAGAAAAUAUUCUCCUAUUUGUUCAGAACAGACAAUUGAAAAGACCAUUUUGAAGAAUACAUUGGAAAUGGAUGCAGCCAAAAAAAAUGUGUCUACUGUAGAUGCCUGAAAUGAUCUCUUUGGCCUUUGAGAGUGAUUGGCACCUAACUAGCCACUGGGUUGAGAUAGGUUUCGUCCUGUUCACACCAUCCAUGCAGAUCUCUUUCAAUUUAGCAGCUUUCAGAUUUCACUUUAGAGAAACUCAGCAUUCAAUAGCUCUCCUAAUUGGGCCUAUGCAUAUCCAAGAACAUUCCUGCUGACUUCCUGACCAUUCAUGUAUGACUAAAUGCAGAUCCCUGCUGAACACGGAAGGACUUAUAGAAAGACACACAACACAAAUUCAAUCAAUUGGGUGGCUCUUCUCAGAGCAAAUCAAUGUGAAUGUAUCUAUUGUAAGUCUGUACAUGUUGCUGGGGCCAGGAAAAAACUUGUAUGGUUGGUAAGAUCAUACCAGACACUAUUUCUGUUUAUACAGUAGUUUCUCUUUUUAACAUUAAAUGAAAAGGUUGGAAUAACUAGUAAUGGCUGGUAGCUUUUGACACUUUACUGGUCGUACUGGACCAGCAGGAGGUCAUGAGUGCAUAUUUCCAGUGGGUGGCUGAAAUGGGUUAAGGGAGGAACAGAUCUGCUCAGUCAGCAAAGAUUACAGCCCCAUCAGCUCAUGAAACUGCAGUGGAGUGAAACCCACACACAUGAGACACAUACAUGCACUCCUGGAAAACUGGAAUUAACAUUUGUCCUUGGUGAACUGACUCUUGUCCAAUAGAACAGAUAGGCAUAAAAUCUAGUUGUUGCUCUUUGCCGCAUUAGACUGUCAUCUCCUUGAUCUGCAGAUAGAAAUGAAUUUUAGAUGAACAUUGACUCAACUGAAGCGCACAAAAAUCAAACAGGCAGCUUGGACAAAAGCAGAUUGUCAGGAUUCUUACGAACUUGAUUGGGAGCAACUAUGUCAAGGUGUUUAUUCUUUAUUUUACAAGACUUUUGAUACUUUGAGGCGAAGAGAGGCACACAGAAGUCUGCUUGUUGGCAAGGGAGACAGUAAAUUGAUUUCACUCUGUGUACCAGAGGCACAUCUCAGUUUUGCAGAUUUAAAUGUCUGCGCCUCUGGAAGUAGAAGCAGUAUCAGCUCCUGCUUUGCAUUCAUUGGAAGUCUUUCUGUCUAAACGUGCAAACUCCUUUUUAAAUUUAACAUCUUGGUGACAUGCCUUCACUUGCAAAGAUAGGAGGGAGUGACCACAAUAGAAAACAACACGUUUUAACUGCUGCUUUAUUUUCAAGAAGAAAUUCUCACAGGCCAUCCGGGUUGCAGCUAAAACAACCUGGAUGGCCUGAUACCAGUGCUAUCAUGCCUUCUUUUUGUUUGCUGGCAUUAAUACAAGUCACAGAUACUGAGAAACAUUUGAGAUUUGGUUUGUAGAAGAUCUAAAAAUAUCCAGAUCAGAUGGGAAUGUCAGAGCAGGUUAGCAGGUUUGUGGUUUUCCUGCCCGACUUUACAUGUGGAAGAUAAAAUGAAGAAAAGCAGUUUAACCCAUGGGUUAAAGUUGUAUCAUCAAUGGCAGCUCUACUUGUGUGUUUCAGUAUUUUAACGGGGCAUGCUCCUGUUUAACUGAAUGGUUGCGAAUGUGUGGGAAUGUGCUUGGAAGUGGGUUUUUUUUGUGUACGAAUCAUAGACAGCUGAGGAUUUUGGACUGAAACGCUGAAUGUGUUGUUGUUUUUCAUGUUAAUUGAGACUUUCAGGAGACGCGACAUGGAAAUAUUGAAAUUACAGGACAUUUUAGAAUUUGGUCUUCUUGUGACUUGACAUAAACUAAUUUUCCCAUGUGUUUGCCGGGAGCUCGAGAACUGGGAUUUCAAAUGUGAAUGUGUUUUCUGGAAAGGUUGUUUCAUGUUGUCUCUGAGGAUGCGGUUCAGUUCUGUGUCAUCUUAAUGAAUGAUUGUCAAUUCUGCUGUGCCUGUGUGUUCUUCGUCUGUUUGUAUUUGCACUCUGAAUUUUUGGAAAAAUCACUUGCAUAUCUGAUGUUUUCUGUCUGCUUGUACACUACACUUCACACAAUGACCCCGGGUGAUGAAACACUGAUCACAAAGUCUGUAUAGUAGCUGUUUUUAGCACAAAUGUACACACUCAUGCAUACAUGCAACAUGGAUUCACACACAUUGCAGACAUGCUAACACACAUCCCAAACUACAUGCAUGCAGACACUCCCAAAACACACAGAUUUAUACAACAAAACAUACAUCCUGAUACAAUGAUGCAAAUACACACACACACACUCUCUCUCUGUUAUCCUUGUGCGUUUUCACCGUUUUUCAUGCCAGCUUGUGAGAGUCAGACAGCCAGACUGCAGCUCUUGCUCUCAGCAGAGGGGGGGAACACGCAUUAUUAUGUGUGACACCACCUCUGUUUCCACCAGGUCUGAAUUUCAAAUCAAACGCACCCCCUUUUUCUACCAGCAUUCCCUCACCACAGUCCCCACGCACAUCCCCCCCAGCCCCGCCACCUCCAUUUUCUCAAAUAUGAUCCCUCUCAACUCCUCUCCUCUGUCCGACUCACUCCCCCUUUCCCUCCACCUCUCCUCCUACCUUCCCCUCGUUCCCUUUUCCACCUUUUUCCUCCGUUGUCUUUCUCCUUUUCUUUUGCUGUACAAAGUGUUUCAAAUCUAUCAUUUGUAUAUUAUGAUGUAUGGGUACGAUAAUGUUCUUUAUUAUGGAAAAAUGAGAAAGAUUUAUUUUUGUUACUGGUUUGUUUCAUAAUUCCUUUUUUAAAUUGGUAUUGUAAUAUCUCUAUGCAAGGAACUGUUCGGUGAAUCGUUUUUAUUUAAGAAUGUAAUUAUGUGUAAUAAAUGGUAGAAGCAG